CUCGUGGGCGAGAUAUGCCCAGCCGACCGACGCCGAGCCGACCAGAGGAGGUGCAGCACCUCAUGGCCUCGGACGACAGCGCCCGCGACCAUGGCCUCUUGCAACUACCAGACGGCAGCGCCAUGCGUCUUCUCUACUUGCCGCCCGAGUACCGGUCGAUCCGACACUACUGCCCACGCGUCAUCAAGGCAUUUGUCUACUAUUUGGCCAGCGUCGCGACCUUUGGUAUCUUGCCGCUGCUCGCGCACUGGUGGCCGUGGUUGUAUGCAGCGACCAAGCUCAGUCUCGCGUCCACGGCGAGCGACUUUGUCGCUGCCGACUCGGUGCUCCUCGAAGCCGAAGCCUGUCCCGGGACGUACGACCUUGUGCCACUGCGCGUGGCGCCCGACGGCAGCGUCUCGUUCGAGUAUCGAAAGAACCGGUAUCUGUACGACAAGGAUCUGCGCGAGUUUCAUCGCCUCAGCGCGUCGAUCGAGCAGCUGCCAGUGGCGACCGCGCUAAGCCGCCUGUCCCGAGGCUGGGGCGACGACAGCGUCGCGACGCUUCGCCAGACGUUUGGCGCCAACGGCAUGGACCUCGGCGUGCUCCCAGUCGAGCGCGUCCUCCUUCAAAAGAUGCUGCACCCGUUCUACGUCUUCCAAGGCGUCUCGGUGGUGCUCUGGCUGAUCGAAAUGUACUAUACAUACGCGAUUCUCAUUCUCCUGAUGAGUCUCGGCUCGAUCGCAUACGAAGUCGCAACACAGAUCAGCAACAUGCGCAAGCUCCAAGCACUCGUGCACAACGACGCGGUCGUCCGUGUUGUCCGUGACGGUGACGUCACCGGCGUUCCCGCCGACGCCCUCGUGGUCGGCGAUGUCAUCUUGCUCGACACGGGCGUCGUCCCUGCCGAUAUGGUCCUCCUGCAUGGCGACUGCACGGUCGACGAGUCGUCGCUCACGGGCGAAGCGAUCCCGGUGCAGAAGCAAGCGCUCUCCGAUCUCGCGGUUCUGCUUGGACCCAACCUCGUGGCGACGAAGAAGGAGUCGGUGCUCCACGCCGGUGCCGGUAUCGUGCGCCACACGCUGAACGCCAAAGGACUCGUCUUGGCCACGGGUUUUUCAACGAGCAAAGGCGAGCUCUUUCGGUCCAUCGUGUGCCCCAAGCCGGUUCAGUUCCAGAUCGAAGCCGAUACGUACCGGUUCCUCGCCGGUUUGACUCUUGUCGCGGUUCUUGCCGGGAUCCAAAACGCUGUCGACGCCGCGGCGGCCGGCGUUGUCUGGUGGCGCAUCCUCGUCUCGUCGCUCGAUCUCAUCACGAUCGCGGUGCCGCCGGCGUUGCCACUCAUUUUGACGGUCGGCGUCGGCUUCUCGCUGACGCGGCUGCAGCGCCAACGCAUCUUUUGCAUCGACGCACCGCGCAUCAACCUCGCGGGCCACCUCGACUGCUACUGCUUUGACAAAACCGGCACGCUCACCACGGAUGAAAUGGUGUUUGAUGGUGUCGACAGCCUGCGCAGUGCGCACCGGCGUCCGUCCGUUGACAGUAUCGAACCCGUACCCAUGGCGCCACCGAUGCUUCGCACGGGGCUCGGGGUCUGCCACAGUGUCGCGUGGCAGGUCGACGGCGUCACCGGGAGCCCGCUCGAGCGCGAAAUGCUCGUUGCGUCCGGGCACCGACUGGUGUCGGCGACCGACAUCCAGUGCGACGCCACCGGUGUCCUCUACGAGCGCCUCCGGCAGUUUGCAUUUGAUGCCAGCGUCCAGCGGUCCAGCGUCGUCGUCCGAAACAAGGCUACCAAUGAGUUGCGGGUCUUCACCAAGGGCUCGCCCGAAGCCGUCGCCGCCGUUUGCGUACCGGCGUCACUACCGCCAACGUUUCAAUCCAGUGUCGACCAGUAUGCUCGCGACGGCUACUACUGCCUCGCCCUCGCCUACCGCGACAUGGACGGUGUACCCACAGACGCCCAGCGCGACUCGGUCGAAGCCGACGUGCACUUGCUUGGACUCCUCCUCUUUCGGAACCCGAUCAAAGACGAAGCGUUCGAGGUCGUUCGGACGCUCCAGCGGGCAGCCAUCGACGUGCGCAUGAUCACGGGGGAUAACGCGCUCACGGCUAUUCACGUGUCGCGCAAACUGCAGUUGCUUGUCCGUCCCGUCUACCUGGUGGACGUUCACGCCAUCGAUGGCGUUGUCCUCGUCGAUGUGAGUGCACCCGGACGCCCGCCGACGCCAUUCGUGACCAGUCACCUCGAGCGAGGCGAUGUCGCGCUCACGGGGGCGGCUCUAUUCGCGCUGCAGUCGGCGCUGCCCCCGACCGAUGUGCACGCCAUCGUGCUGCAGACCAAGAUCUUUGCCCGCAUCCGUCCGGACCAGAAGACGUGGAUUAUCGAGCAAUUGAUUCGAGCCGGAAAGCAUGUGGGUAUGUGUGGCGACGGCACCAACGACUGCGGUGCCCUCAAGGCCGCCCACGUCGGUCUUGCGCUCUCGGACGCCGAAGCGUCGAUUGUCGCGCCGUUUACGAGUCGAGACAAGAACAUUGGGGACGUCGUGACGCUCGUGCAAGAAGGGCGAUGUGCGCUCACGACGUCCUUUGUUGCGUUCAAGUACAUGGUCAUGUACCCGGUCGUUCAAGUCGUCUUGACGUCGACGCUGUAUGCGUCGAUGAUUUCGCUGGGCAACAACCAGUUUUUACUCGACGAUAUGGUGAUCGUGCUCGGCCUCUCGAUGCUCAUGCUACAAACAGGCCCGUCGCGGGUGUUGACCCGCCACCGCCCACCCGAAACCCUCUUUGCGCGUCCGAUCGUGGCGUCCCUGGGCGGUCACGUUGUGCUGUAUGUGCUGUGCUUUACACUCCUACGACUCGUUUUGGUCGCCGAGCCGUGGUAUUGCACCGUCGACGAAGCCAAGACGCGGAUGCGAGCACAGUGCUUCACCUACGUCGCACCGGACAACGACGGGUACACGCGGCAGUCGUACGAGAACACGGUGUUGUGGCUCUACGGCCACUGGGCGUUUGUGCUCUUGGCCAUCGCCAUGAACAUCAAGGACCCGUUCCGACAGUCGGCGUGGAGCGCCAACCGUCCGUUCCUCGCGUACGUUGUGGGGAUGGUGCUGCUGCUCGUGCUGCUCACGCUCACCUCGGCGCCCACUGUCUUGUCGGCAUUCGAGCUGGUUGCGAUCCCCGCCGAGUUUCGGUGGGAGAUUCUCGGGGUCGUCGCAUGCCACGGCGUCGGCGCCGUGGUGUGGGAGCGCUUUGCGACCCGACACCGCGCUAUGGACGAAGACGCGCCACGUCUGACGUCGUCGCCCAUCGUGGUCUAAGUAUACAGAAUACAUUCGAAGCGGUACUAUCCGUCC